AUGGCACCCUCAGCAUCUAAACAAAAGCGUCUCGCAGAAAAGGUCGCCAAACAAGCCUCCAAAGGCAAAUCGACCGAUGCCUCGACGUCGACCACCACACCCUCAGGUUCCGUCAACGGCGGUAGCUCCCUAAACACCCCCUUAACCAGCUUGUCUGCGGCGACGAGCACUGAAGACCUCAUUUCGAUGGCCAAGUUGAAAAUUGCAACCGAUCGGAGCGCUGCAGGCGUGCUCGUGUCCGAUCCCAAAGGUCGCGAUAUCAAAAUCGACUCUUUUACCCUUUCCUUCCACGGAAGGUUACUCAUUGAGAAUGCGGAGAUCUCGCUCAACUACGGUCAGCGGUAUGGCUUACUUGGAGAGAACGGCUCAGGAAAGUCAACUCUCUUGCAAUCCAUUGCCGACCGCGAUAUUGAUAUCCCCGAUCAUAUCGACAUCCAUCUUGUCCGUGGUGAGGCUGAGCCUUCAGAUGUCAACGCGAUCGACUUUAUCGUUGCAUCCGCCAAGGAGAAGGUAGCGAAGCUCGAGCAACGCAUCGAGGAUCUCUCUGUCGCCGAUCAUGUCGAUGAAGUUGCAUUAGACAGUGCUUACGAAGAGCUCGAGGAGAUGGAUCCCAACACAUUCGAGGCAAAGGCGGGCAGCAUUUUGCACGGUCUGGGAUUCAGUCAGCAAAUGAUGCACCGGCCCACGAAGGAUAUGAGUGGUGGUUGGCGCAUGCGUGUCUCCCUUGCUCGGGCUCUCUUCGUGAAGCCCCACCUCCUGUUGCUCGAUGAGCCCACGAACCAUCUGGACUUGGAGGCUGUCGUGUGGCUCGAAGCAUACCUCUCCAUGUACAAUCACAUCCUCGUGAUCACAUCACAUUCACAGGACUUCAUGGAUAGCGUUUGCACCAACAUCAUGGAGCUCACGCCGAAGAAAAAGCUCGUCUACUACGGAGGCAACUAUUCAACCUACGUGCGAACGAAACAAGAGAACGAGGUCAACCAGAUGAAGGCAUACCAGAAGCAACAAGAUGAGAUCGCUCAUAUCAAGAAGUUCAUCGCAUCUGCUGGUACAUACGCCAACUUGGUUAGGCAGGCAAAGUCAAAGCAGAAGAUUAUCGACAAGAUGGAGGCUGCGGGUCUCAUCGAGAAGAUCGAGAUACCGAAGCCGCUGCGAUUCAACUUCGAAGACAUUUCGAAGCUCCCGCCCCCCAUUCUUGCAUUCAACGACGUCGCCUUCUCUUACUCCGGGAAGAAAGAGGACUACCUGUAUCAAAACCUGUCUUUCGGUAUCGAUAUGGAAUCCCGCAUAGCCAUUGUCGGUCAAAACGGUACCGGAAAGUCCACAUUGCUCAAUCUGAUCAUGGGCACGUUGCAACCAUGCGAGGGCACCAUCUCGCGGCACGUCAACCUCAAACUCGCGAAGUACUCGCAGCACUCCGCAGAUCAGCUGCCGUACGACAAGUCGCCCAUUGAGCACAUGCAAUCGCUGUAUGCGGAGAAGUACCCGGACAAGGAUUUGCAGGCCUGGCGUGCACAGUUGGGCCGUUUCGGUCUUUCCGGACCGCACCAGACAUCGCCAAUCAAACAAUUGUCUGACGGUCUGCGGAAUCGCGUUGUCUUUGCUCAGCUUGCUAUGGAGCACCCACACAUCUUACUCCUCGAUGAGCCGACCAAUCACUUGGACAUGGCCUCGAUUGAUGCGCUUGCGCGCGCCAUCAAGGAAUUCGAGGGUGGCGUCGUGAUCGUGUCUCAUGACUUCCGUCUGAUUUCGCAAGUCGCUGAAGAGUUGUGGGAGGUAAAGAACCGCAAGAUCAAGAACCUUACCAAGGAGGGCAUCACCAUCGUCGACUACAAGAACCUGCUCGUCAAAAACAGUUAUGCUGCGCUCGAGAAGGCGAAGCUGUUCAGCAAGACCACUAGCAAGACAAAGGCUUAG